AUGUCGAUUCCGAUAGCGCUGGGGCCGUUUGACGUUUGGGUUGCGUCACGAUCGGCCACCAACCUGGAGCAGUCACCGGAGCAGCAGCCGCUGCAGCAGGCCAAAACCAUGUUCUACCCGCUGCAAACCCAAUUCGAUGAUGGUGUGAUAGAGCUAACACGGUCGGAAAUGCUCCAGCAGGAUCAUCUGGUUGACAAUAAGCAUUUUGUCGUGUCGCUAUCCCUGGGCAAUACGCUUAUCAAUCUCAACAAAAUCAAGUGUCCACAGUGCCGGAAGCGUUUCGAUACGAUGGAGGAAAUGGAACAGCACCGGACGAAGCAUUUGACGGAGAACAAGUUCAAGUGCGAAAUAUGCAGCAAAGAAUUUCCCAGCCAUAGUUCCAUGUGGAAGCACACCAAGGCACACACGGGCGAACGUCCUUUCGUUUGUCAGAUUUGUAACAAAGGCUUCACCCAACUGGCCAACCUGCAACGACAUGAUCUCGUCCACAAUGGACUAAAGCCGUUCAAGUGUCCCAUCUGUGAAAAAUGCUUUACCCAGCAAGCCAACAUGCUGAAACAUCAACUUCUGCAUACCGGUCUUAAGCCGUACAAAUGUCCGGUGUGCGAGAAAGCUUUCUCGCAACAUGCAAACAUGGUCAAACAUCAAAUGCUUCAUACAGGAUUAAAGCCGUACAAGUGUCCCGUUUGCGAAAAGGCAUUCACGCAACACGCCAACAUGAUUAAACAUCAAAUGUUACAUACUGGUCUCAAGCCAUACAAAUGUCCUGUUUGUGAUAAAGCCUUUACGCAGCAGGCCAACAUGGUGAAACAUCAAAUGUUGCACACCGGCCUUAAACCGUACAAAUGUUCCACCUGUGGCAAGGCGUUCGCCCAGCAGGCCAACAUGGUCAAACACGAGAUGCUUCAUACCGGUAUUAAACCGUACAAGUGUCCCACCUGUGACAAAGCAUUUGCCCAGCAAGCGAACAUGAUGAAGCAUCAAAUGUUGCACACGGGAUUGAAGCCGUACAAGUGCGGCACGUGCGACAAAGCGUUUGCCCAGCAGGCCAAUAUGGUCAAGCAUCAGAUGCUGCAUACCGGUUUAAAACCGUACAAAUGCAAUACCUGUGGCAAGGCAUUCGCCCAGCAGGCCAACAUGGUCAAACACGAGAUGCUUCAUACCGGAAUAAAGCCAUACAAAUGCUCGGUUUGUGAUAAAGCCUUUGCCCAGCAGGCCAACAUGGUCAAACAUCAGAUGCUCCACAGCGGAAUCAAACCAUACAAAUGUCCUACCUGCGACAAAGCAUUUGCCCAGCAGGCGAACAUGGUGAAGCAUCAGAUGCUCCAUACGGGAGAGAAACCAUUCAAAUGCAAAAGCUGUGAUAAGGCUUUCUCACAAAACGCCAAUCUGAAAAAGCACGAAAUGGUACAUCUCGGCAUACGGCCCCACACCUGCCCGCUGUGCACGAAGUCCUACUCGCAGUAUUCGAACCUGAAGAAGCAUUUGCUGAGCCACCAGAAGCAGGCGAUCAAGCAGGAGCAACAGAACGGUCAGGUGAUGGCUAUCCUCUACAGCUGCCAGACGUGCAAGAUGCAGUUUGAGGAUAUCAUCGAGUUCGAGCGCCACACCAGACGGUGCGGCAUCAGCACCGUGCAGCAGCACAGCGUGAAGCUGGAAAACAUCAAGAGCGAGGUGGAUAUCGAUGGCAGCUCCAACUCGGGCAUGCAGCAACAGCAGCAGCAGCACAUUAUUACCACCUCCAAUGCCACGAAUGGCAACGGGAUCAGCGUCAGCCAAUCGCAACCGCCGACCCCGAUGCACAUUCCGUCGGCCAUCCUUACCUCCGUCAUCUCGUCGUCGGUCGGCUCGAACGUGACCGCGCACAAUCUGGUGUCGGCCCACUCGCACCACGGCGGCCAUGUGACGACCAACGGGGGCCUCCUGACCGGCGGCAUUCCCACCGGCCAUCCGCACGCCCAGCAGCAGCACACCCCACCCGGUGUGGGCGGGCUUCCCCAGCAGCAUCCUUCCGCUCACGCCCAACAGCAGCAGCAGCAGCAGCAGCAACAAGCCCAUCAGCAGCAGCAGCAAGCUCAUCAACAGCAGCAACAGCAGCAGCAGCAGCAACUGUCACCGCUCAGCAGCCACCAGCAGCAUCUGGUGCUGCAGCAGCAGCACAACCUGCCCAUCCAUCUGCAGCAGCAGCUGUCCCACCAUCUGAUCAGCAGCCAUCUGCCCCACCCGCAGGACCACGGCGGAGCGAACGGUGGCGGCGAUCUGCACCAUCAGGUGAACUUCCACCAUCCGCACAUCUCCCACCUGCCGAACAUAUCGCACAAGAUCCUGUCGCCGCUGUUCCACAUUCCGCCGUUCAACAACAACCACAGCACAUAAUGGAACGCUUGCAAGGGACCGGCGCUGCGGCCGCCGCCGGGCACGGUUGUCGUCGAUCCGGCGGCAAUCGGUCCGGCGCCGGCCGGCGUGGUGUCCCUUCUGCCGAAUGCGGCGGCCUGCCUUCCAUCCACCUCCGCCUCCCCGAUGGUGCUGCCGUUCGUCGUGAAGGCGGAAAAGCCGGACGAGGAAAUUGGAGGUGUGUAGGAUAGGAUGGAGGAACUGUAUAGUACCCGCGGGUAAGUAAGUAGUCGGUCACGGUGCACUUCCCCAAACACCACUGUCUGUCUUUGUGUGUGCGAUAGAGAGUGUGGGGGUAAAAGGGAUGGAGAAGAAAGCAACAAAACAACACCCAGUCAGGAACAUGGGAUGCGAACGAACUCUCAGUCAAACACACGCGAGAGAGGAGCAAACGGGGAUGAGCAGCAAAAUGGCAGUUUUCAUGUGGAGAGCGGGACUCGAUGCGAACGAACACGGUUCUCUUAAAUACUCAGGAGGAAAUUAAGGAGGGACAAUCUGUAAAAAAAAAAACACACACACACACACACGGCGGUAAAAAAAGCAAAGCAAAUGAAGGUGCAGGAUAGUGCUUCGCUCCACCCUCCCUCUCUUACUUUCCAAAAGUCCCAUAUUCUGUGGGAUUUUUAUUUUCGCGGUGGAACAUCGGUUAUUGUGCUGUUUUCCUUUUUCUUAUAUUUUUAUAACAUCGUUAGGAAUUAGUACACACACACACAUACACACACAAACACACAAACACAGCAAGUUUACCAUAUUGUUCUUGGUAAUGAUUUUAAGAAGCGAUUGUUUGCGGACAAACGAUAUAUCCUUUUUAGUAAGGACAACGUUGUAGUGUUAGGAAGUGUGUGUGUGUGUGUUAGAGAGGUGCAAUUAAGAGGUGAAGAAUGAAGUCCAGCAGCAGCUACACCCUCAUUUAGAGAGAGAGAAAGAAUGUGCUUUUGUGAAAUGUAUAUGCAUAGUAUGCGCACAGUCAUCCCAUGGAACUACACACACACACACAUACAGAUAUAUAUAUUAGAGCUAACGUAGUAUCGUGUACUUGUAAAGUUAUAUCUUACACCGUUGUGUGUGUACGUAGCAACGUGUGCCGGGUUCGAAUGUCGAAAAUGUGUAUAUUUUUAAACAUGCUUUAUGUAAAACAAACAAACAAACACAGCAGGGACAUGUGUUGUGGGGGGCAGUGCGUGCAGCAAUAGCGCGCUUAUCCUUUAUCUCUCUGCACAAACGUGCUCCGUAAAGACACACACAGACACACUUUGAGUGAAGGACAGAGUGAAGGGACUGUGAAAUUAAUGACACACAAUGUAGAUUGUAGGUUUUGUUUUACGUCAUUAGACGCGCGUGUAACAACAGUGAUAAAAAAAAACAAAUGUUGCGAACAGGAAUAGUGAGGAGACGUGUAUGUAUUAUUGCAAACAAACAAAAAAAACGCAAAGACUGCACACAAGCAUGAGCAGGGGAGGAGGACAGGAAAGUGGGGAGCACUACACUGAGAGAGAAAAACAGGGGAAAAAGAGACGAAAAAUUAAUGGGUGAUAGAACUGCAAACGGUUCGAGUCCACGGGCGGCCGGUAUAGAGAGAGUGUGUACGGGAAGAAGGCAAGGGGUAGACAGCUCGCCAGCGCGAUCCGUUGAAUGUGUGUGUGCCACAGUUAAAUUUUAAACCAUUAUUGUUUGCCUGGUUCGUUCUCGUUGUAAGGCAUCGUUUCUAUCCCAGAGGGCGGCUGCCUGUGUCGUAUGGUUUUUGGGUUGAAUUUUCAUUUGGAUUGUGAAGAGCGGGCAGGGUGUCAACACAGUCAAAGCAAAAAUAUGGGCAGAGAGUAAGCUGCAAGAGAAGUGUAUAGGUCGCGAAGCAAACCGUUGUGAUAUAUAUUACCAUAUUAAAUGUGAAAACAGAGAUGUGUUUUACCACCUUUCCUUUUUAUACAAGAAGAGUGCGCGCUCGGCCUGGCCUGUCGUCUCCCCAAUCUCCUGUUUGUGUUUGUAUACUACCGGUCAGCCAGUUACGCUACCUUACCUUUACCCCCGCUAUAUCCCCUGAUUUCGAUUGUCGAUUCGUUUAGGAGCCCAGGGGGCACACGGGGAACAAUGGGGUGGAGAUUGAGUUUUUUUUAAGUAUCCAUCAGUUGUGUAUGGUGUGAAGAGCGUAAUAUGAGGAAAAUGCGGACAGGAGACACUACUGCUACUAGCUCGAAAAGGAAGACUUAAUACAAGAAAGUGAUGUGUGAUAACAAAUAUUUGGCUAAGGAAGGGCAAAAUUUCAUUUUUAGUCAUCGAUAGGCGAGCAGUGCAGAUUCGAGGAUCGUGUGGGAAUGCCAAUUUUGUAAGCUUUUUUAAAAUCGAAAGAGAGGGAGGGACAUUAACACUAGCUAACGUUUAUGUUUAGAAGGGAGGAAUAUGCUUUUUGCCAUGUGCUUUCUCAUGCUUAUUUCUCUUUGUUUUUGAAGGGGGAGCUGUUUCGUGCUGCCAGAAGAAAGCUAAUAGAGAAGGAAGAGAUAGCGACACAUUCAAUGCCUCGUUUUUUUUUUAUUAUCAUCAUCCUCGCCGCGUUAGAAAAGGCUAAACGUGUCCUCAACGAUAAUUCUAGUCUCUGCUCAUUUGAACAAGGAACACACACACACACAAGGUUUGCGGUUUCCUUGUUUGUUUGUUUUUUUAGUACGACAACAACACCUUUUCUCUUAUACUGGAUCAUGUUUUUGUUUCGAGACUGCAUUGCACGGUGGUGUGUGAGUGUGUGUGUGUGUGUGGUAGAACCGAGACACUCACUGCAUAGGAUCAUCGUAUUGUCCUAAAAUAAUUAGUCGUUAGUAUAGAGAGAGAGAGAGAAACACACCUCCUCAGCUAAGGCAAAGUGUAAACAAGCAGCAAGCACGUCCGUAGGCGAUAGAAACGUAUGUGUGUGUGUUUAGUAAACCCUUAAAACACAGUGCGCAAUCUUGCAACAUACACACAUACACACUUACAUUACAAACAAGCGAACAUGGUUAGUCGAAUACUGUAUAAUUAGUGGAAGAAACCUCACUCAGGAGAGCGACACAAGUUAGUGUUUUGUACGGGAAGGAAGGAUAGCUCACUUUCCACUAAGAAAACUUGUGGCGCCGUAAAGCAAAGCGUUAAGAAUGAUAAUGUCCCCAAUGAAGAGGAGGGGGAAGCAAUAGAAUGUAGAAUAUAUAGUGCGUUGGCAGCAUUACAACAGCGGCUUUGGGCAUGAUGGGAGUGUUCGCAGUGGUGAUCAUGAUCGCACACAUCACUACAGGAUCCUCAGUUGCUCUAGCGAUCAAAUUGCUUGGUGCAGGCGUGUGUGUGUUUGUUUUGCCCAUUUUAGUACCGGGGGUGGCUGUGUGUGUGUGGCUUCCAUUUUUGUUUGUAAUUAUGUUUCUUGUUUCUGCUUGUUGCUGCGCGAUCUACUUGAUCAACACUUGUCGCAUGUCUUCCAAUAGAUUUCGAUCGUAUGAUCCUUUUCUUUACAUACACACACACACACACACACACACACACACACACACACACACACACACACCCACACACAACUUGGGACUGUGAUAUUCGAAUGGAAAUCUCCAAUGUAAUGCCACACCACACGACACACACAAACAACAAACGCCAACUUGCGAGGGAGAGACACACCAUCGAUGCUUUUUUUUGGACAACCUUCGUUUGCCUUAUAUCAGAUUCUAUUUGGUCCAGUACCCUCCAAGAUUCUGGGGGGGACAUUACUUCAGCAGUAUGAAAUACUGAACUCUAUUGUGUCUUAAUUUCUUCAACUGCAAACGUGCAUCGGUCUUGCAUUUGGACGGUGUUUUUUUCAAUUGGAACACACACACCCAUCCCUCUAUACAUAGUUGUGUUAUACCAGAGGGGGGGGGGGGGGGGAGGUGUAUAGGACAUUGGAACAAAGUUCUUGAGCACUGGAAACGACUUUUGCAAACUACUACAAACACGAAAAGCCGAGGGCGCACUGCAGCACUGCUACAACUGCACAUACUACACACUGCACGCAGGGCAGCUAAAAUGUAAAAAAAAAAAUGCAUAACGCUUGAAUGGUGUCAUAAAGAAGUCGCAUUAGAUCUCCACCAUCACACUAAGGGUCCGCAAAGCUCGACCAAUAGAUGUUGGGAGCGGGACAGUAACGGGCGGGGAAUCGUUUUGGUGUGCCGUACUUUCGACGCAACUAAAAACCUCAUUAAAAUGUGUAAUGCAUAUGGAAAGCAAAUGGUGUGGUGUGUAUUUUUAUGCGUGGUGCGAAUUCUAAGAAUUUAGGGCGAGAAUAGUAUGGGAAGAAGAGAGAGAGAGAGGUGUCGUUUGUUUGAUUCAUUCGAAGAAGAUCAUACAACCGGUUUUAAGGAAACGCACACACACACACAUUCCUUACACCAUUUAUAGAAGGUAAAAUAGAUGUUGUGUUUAGUAGCUGUUAGAAAGUAACCAACAAAAUGCAACAAACAAGAAACACACACGUGUGUAGCAAGAGAGUAGCGCGCGAGAGUAGAGGGGUGGUGCGUCUUGGAAGGUAGAUCUUAAUCAAAAGUAGUUUUUAA